UUUACAUUGUAAAAAAAAAAAUGGUUAUUAAUUUUACAGCCCUGGCAUUUUGCAACUGGUCGGAUGUGCAGAAGGCCCGAAGGGAGAUGCUUCGCGCGCACACCUUUCCCCGCGCCUUCUCCACGCGUUUCAACGAGCUGAACGGUAUAAUUGGCGAUGAAAUGGAGUUUAUGGUGAACCAUCUGGACUCGUUGUCGGGCACGAGCGUUCACGCGAAACCGUUGAUCCUCCAUUCCUGCGCCAACAUCUUCAUCACCUAUCUUUGCUCGAAGAACUUUCAUCUGGAGCACGAGGGUUUCCGAAACAUGGUCGAGAAUUUCGACAAGGUGUUCUUCGAGGUGAAUCAGGGAUACGCGGCCGACUUCCUGCCGUUCCUUAUGCCGCUUCAUCACAGAAACAUGGCAAGAAUGGCGCACUGGAGCCACGAGAUCCGAAAAUUCGUGAUCAAGAACAUCAUCGCGGACAGAUUGAACAGUUGGAACGACGUGGUGCCCGAGAAAGAUUACGUUGAUUGUCUGAUCAAUCACGUGAAGAGCGGGACAGAGCCCCAAAUGUCGUGGAACACGGCUCUCUUCGUCAUGGAGGACAUCAUCGGCGGGCACACGGCUAUUGGAAAUCUCUUGGUCAAAGUUUUAGGCUUCCUCGCCACGAGGCCCGAGAUUCAGAGACUCGCCCAGGAGGAGAUCGACGCUCUUGCCCUCGCCGGGAACUUCGUAGGAUUGGAGAACAGAAGAUCCUUGCCCUACGUCGAAGCCAUCAUCCUGGAAACCAUCAGGAUAAUCGCCAGCCCCAUUGUUCCUCACGUUGCUAAUCAGGACAGUUCUAUCGCAGGUUUCAGAAUCAAGAAGGACACGUUCAUCUUCCUGAACAAUUACGAUCUGAACAUGUCCACCGAUCUGUGGACCAGCCCAGAGGAAUUCAUACCGGACAGAUUCGUGCAGAACGGAAGACUGUUGAAGCCCGACCAUUUUCUGCCUUUCGGCGGUGGCCGUAGAUCCUGCAUGGGCUACAAACUGGUCCAAUACGUGAGUUUCGCCAUCUUGGCCAGCAUCUUGAAGAACUUCACGAUAGCGCCUGUGCAAAAGGAGGAUUACACGAUCCCAAUUGGAAACCUGGCCCUGCCCGAGAUGACCUACAAAUUUCGAUUCGAGCGGCGGUAGGGCGUGUAACGUUGUAAGCCCUGGAGAAUAGGGGCUGACCCGCGAGGGAUUUCAAGGGUUGCUUCGACGAAGCUUCGAAGAGAGAGAGAGAGAGAGAGAGAGGA